UUCUACUAAAAAAUAUUUUCUUCAAAUAAGUAAAUAAAAUUGUUUAACUUAAGAAAAAUGAGUCUUAGUUGUAUGCAAACUAAUCGUUUACUAAAAUGAAGAAAAUUUUCCUUUUUUAUAGUAUAUUUUUUUCUCAGUGCACUCCUUCAACUUCAAGUCUUAAUAUUAAUACUUCUUCUACUACACAACCGCCAGUUAAACACCAAAGAUUACUGAGUUCGUACAUUGCAAAAAAAAUGUCACCAGAUCAAAGAAAACUGAUAGAUCGAGAUCUGCUUGACCUAUUCAUAAAAAGACUUUCAACCAUUUAGCAUUGUCGAAGAUGCCGGUUUUUCCAAAUUAAUGAAGUAGAUUUUCGGAUACGAGUUACCUGAAAGAAAAACCAUUUCUUCCGUCAUGAUACCGGCCUUGUACCAUAAAUGUUUUGAAUCAACAAAAAAUACUGUACUUCAAGAAGCAGAAAAUGUAUGCAUUACAACAGACUGUUGGACCUCCUCCAUUACUGAAAGUUAUAUAGCAAUUACUGGUCACUAUAUUACAAAGCAAUUCGAUUUUAAAUCAAUUUUAUUAAAGUGUUCUAAUAUCACUGGAAGCCAUACAGCUAAUAAUUUGGCAACAGAAAUCAGAAAUGUAAUAACGGAGUGGAACUUGCAAGAUAAGGUAAAUUUCGCUGUUUCUGACAACGCUAGAAAUAUUACUAACGCCAUUGAGAAUAUUUUAAAAUGGAAACACUAUGGCUGUUAUGCACAUACAUUAAAUUUAAUUGUGCAGAAGUCUCUUCAGGAAUUACAACCCAUUCUAAAAAAAAUAAAAAAAAUAGUAAGUCACUUCAAAAGAAGCUCUCUAGCUAAUGAAAAACUUUUAAAAUAUCAGGUAUCAUCUGGCACUUCGCAACCGAAACGUCUUAUACAAGACGUAGCCACCCGAUGGAACUCAACUUUUUACAUGCUACACAGAUUUGUUGAGUUAGAAGAAGCUAUCAGGGCUACUAUAACUUUAAUAGACAAAGAUUUGCCAGUAAUAACAAGUGAAGAAUGGCAAACAUGUAGGUAACUUUGCGAAAUAUUGAGCCCAUUUGAGGAA